UCUGUAAGCACAUGAAAUGUCAUCUAGAUGAAAUAAGUUAUAUGUGUGCGGUUGUGUUGGUUCUCCUUUUCUUUCCUAUGCGCUAUGGGUAUUUCCCGAGAUCAUUGGCAUAAAAGGCGAGCGACAGGUGGCAAAAGGAAGCCUCUCCGUAAGAAGAGGAAAUUUGAAUUAGGUCGUCCAGCAGCAAACACAAAACUUGGACCUCAGCGUAUUCAUACUGUACGUACAAGAGGAGGUAAUAAAAAAUAUAGAGCAUUGCGACUUGAUUUUGGAAAUUUUGCAUGGGGAUCUGAAGGUAGAGCACAAAAAACCCGUAUUAUUGAUGUUGUCUACAAUGCAUCAAACAAUGAAUUGGUAAGAACCAAAACCUUGGUUAAGAAUGCCAUUGUUACUAUUGAUGCAACGCCAUUUAGACAGUGGUACGAAGCACAUUAUGCUCUUCCAUUGGGACGUAAGCGUGGAGCUAAAUUGACUGAGGCAGAAGAAGCUGUUUUAAAUAAAAAAAGAUCAAAAAGUGCACAAGCCAAGUACAAGUUAAGGCAGAAAUUUGCUAAAGUUGAGCAAGCUUUGGAAGAUCAAUUUGCUACUGGAAGAGUGCUUGCUUGUAUUGCUAGCAGGCCUGGUCAAUGUGGAAGGGCUGAUGGAUAUAUUCUUGAAGGCAAGGAGCUUGAAUUCUAUUUGAGAAAGAUAAAAAGCAAAAAGGCCAAAUAAAUUUGUAACAAGAAAAU